AUGAUCCCAACUCUUAUGUACGUGUUCCUGAAAGAGAAAAACAACAAAGUGAGAUUGAAGCUUAUGCCGCCGAUUAUUAACUGCAGUAUACAGUUCUUUAAAUACACGAUCAUUCUCUGGCGGAGGAAAGAGAUCCAAGAAGGAUUAUACGCGAUCAAACAUGAUUGGAUAAAAGCCACGGAAGAGGAGCGAUUGAUUUUUCGCUCGAAAGCGAAGAUUGGAAGAAGGAUAGUUUUGAUCGUUGCGUUCACUAUGUAUAGUGGCGGUUUAUGCUAUCGGAUGAUCCUUCCCCUUCUGAAGGGAACGAUCGUCACUGCUAAUAAUACUACGAUUAGAGCAUUACCUUGUCCCAGUUAUUUUCUUAUUUUGAACGAGCAACAAUCGCCGAUUCACGAAAUAUUGUUCGUGUUGCAAGUUAUAGCCGGAAUAGCGAUUUAUGCGGUUAUUUGCGGUUUCUGUGGCAUUUUUGCUCUGCUAGUUCUUCAUGCAUGGAGUAUGCUAAGGAUCCUGGUGAAUAAAAUGAAGAAAUUAGUGGAUAAAUCAGAUAUGUCUGAAGCGGUGCUGCAAAAAAAGAUCAUGGAUAUUGUUGAAUAUCAAAUGAAAAUAAAGAGAUUUUUAAAGAACAUUGAAACAAUUACAGAAUAUAUAUGUUUAAUCGAAAUGAUUGGUAGUACGUGUAUGAUCUGUCUCGUGGGUUACUGUAUUUUAAUGGAAUGGGAGAAUACUAAUACAAUGGCAAUUGUAAUCUAUAUCACGAUACAAAUAUCUAUCAUCUUCUGUAUUUUUAUACUUUGUUACAUUGGACAACUGCUUGUCGAUGAGAACUACAUUGUAAGCCAAGCAUCAAGUACAAUAAAUUGGUAUCGUCUUUCGAUCAAAAAUAUGCGUUGCUUGAUACUAAUUAUCGCUAUGUCUAACCAUCCAAUGAAACUCAAAGCAGCUAAAAUGAUGGAAAUGUCUUUAAUUACUUUUACUGAUAUCAUGAAAGUUUCAAUGGGAUAUUUAAACAUACUACGUGAAAUUAUUUAA